CCGUCGUUGAGCGCAGCUCGCAUUAGGUGGGCAGUCAGCUCGAAAAACGACAGACAUACAUGAAGUUUACACCCUGUACAAUCUCUACAUUUGCGGCGUUUCUAGAAUUUCGCUUUCGUUCGUCCAUCGAGUGCGUCUCCGUCAGCCCUGGUGAGUGUUGAAUGUCGUUGGACGCCGUCUCCUAACAUCAGCGAAGCGGCAGGAUCCUCAGCUCAGCGCCUACUACAGCAUCUCUUGAUUGGCUUGGUCAUCAUCCGCCGAAUUCGGCUGUUUUCUCAUCUCGCGGUCGCUCAGCAAAUCAGGAAUGGUCAUGGAGGCUCCCCCAUCUCCCGCUAAUGUAGGACGGGAGUUCGUCCGACAGUACUACACCCUGUUGAACAAGGCUCCUGCUCAUUUGCAUCGGUUUUACAACAAUCAAUCAUCAUUUGUCCAUGGCGGUUUGGACCCACCUCACAGGGAGACCAUGCCCAUGAUAGGCCAGAAGCAGAUUCACCAGAAGAUCCAACAACUAAACUUCCAGGACUGCCAUGCUAAGAUCACCCAGGUUGAUGCGCAGGCGACGUUGGGAAACGGCGUCGUGGUGCAGGUCACCGGCGAACUCUCAAACGCCGGCCAGCCCAUGCGUCGCUUCACGCAGACGUUCGUGCUCGCUGCUCAAAGUCCGAAGAAGUAUUACGUGCACAACGACAUCUUCCGUUACCAGGAUGAGAUUAUCUCAGAUGAGGAAUGCGACAAUGAUGCACGAUCGGGCGAUGAAGCGGACAUGAACCAGGAGCGUCCGGAGAUGCAACAGCUUGGCCAGCAGAACAUGGCCAACUAUUACAAUCCGCAGGUGCCGCCGCAUCAUCAGCAGCAUCAUGUUAUGCAGCCGGUGCCACCGCCGCAGCAACAACAGCAGCCGCAGCAAGUGCCGGUGGUGCAGCCGACUCCUGCGCCGCUGCCGAUUGUUAACGGCGCCGUGCACCAAGAGGAGGUGAUGCCACCACAUAUUGGUGGGCAAACGCUUCAACCAAUGGGCGCCGAGCUUAUCAAGAACGAGCUGCCUGUUACUGUGCCAAUUGUGGACGAGUUUCAGGCGCCAGCUGUUGAAGAAGGCGCCGGCGAUAUCGGCGAUAAGAACCAGUACAUGGAUGGACAAACCAAGGCCCCUGAACCAGAUCAUAUGCAGAUGAGCAGUGAACCCGUCUCCAACGAACCCAAGACCUUCGCCAACCUUUUCAAGUCCAGCAGCGCGCCCUUCCCAGUUUCCGGUGGUAAUAUUUACCAGUCCAGCAACCAACCGCCGAAAACAACCUCACCUCCACCGAUGAUGAAAAUUGACAACCGUGACCGCGACAAUCAAUUCAAUUCAACGGCGGGUAACCUACCACGCAGCCAUCGUAACGACAACCGCGAUCAACGCAACAAUGGUCGGCCUAGUGGCGGGCCGCCGAUGCGAGGACCGCGUACGGAUAUGCGCACCAGCGUACCGCGUGAUAUCCCCGCCGAUGGAGGUAACUACCCACCGAUUAACGAAGCUCCUGGAGGUUUUAAACCGAAUAAAUUCGCAGAAGAACGCCGACGCUCACAGGGUGGCUUCGCGGACAGCAACCAGCUCUUCCUUGGCAACAUACCUCUCUGGGCCAGCGAGGAUGACCUUCGUGAACUCUUUGAGAAAUUCGGUACCAUUGCCGAUCUUCGUAUUCUCAGCAAGGGCAACAAACCGGGCGUACCUGGAGCCCGCGCGCCCCCGAACUACGGAUUCAUCACCUACGAGUCACCCGCUGGCGUUCAGGCAUGUCUGGAGGCAAAACCGAUUUCACUACAAGAUAAGAACAGCGCCGCUUCAGCAGUUUUGAAUGUCGAAGAGAAGAAAGUGAAGGAGCGCACGAGCUACUCGAACAACAUGCGCAACAACCCAAACGACAACCUUAGCCCGCGUCCGCCGAGAGAUAAUACUGGCCCACGUCGUGGCCCGCUUCCUGGAGGUGGACAGCCACGCAGUGCCGGCGGGCCAAUGGGUGGCGGUGGAGGUGGUGGUCAACGCCCCAACACUUUCAAUCGUGGCGGCGGACAGGCGAACCGCGCCGGCGGGCCAAACACGUACACUCGCCGCUAGCGCGCCCAUCUCUACGGCACGGACACAAACACUUAUCAUUCUAGUUCUCUCGUGGUGUGGAUGGAUCAGUAAUUCAGUGUGUGGGAUGUGUACAGUGUUCGAUAAGGCUGUUGGAAUAAGAGCUGUUCAACGUAUCAUUUUAUUAUUUUGGUGCCAAUUGUGUGAUUAGCGCAAACAAAAAAAAGAAACAAACAACAACAAGCGAGUGUUGGAACAAAACGCUACUAUGCUAUUCAAUUGAGGAGAGCUAUGUUGGCGGCGAGCGAGGAAACACGAAAGCUAAAAAACAUUGUAAUAAUUUAAUUCUUUAAAUAUUACCAGCUGACUGGGUAUCAACUUUAUAUAUUAUAAAAAAAACCGCACCCAGCCAGCGAUGAAAUUUUAAGUUGUAUUGCUACACAUUAUACAAACAAACUUUACUCUUAACUUAGCAAUUAGCUCAAACGAUGUCCCUUUUACCUUCAUUUUUUGUUUGUCAAACAUUACUUAACUUGUGUAUGCCUGCGACUCGCAGCGAUAUUUGAGUUAUUUGUAAACAUUUGUCAUUCUUGGCUGUGCAACCAAACGAAACUGAGGAUAGAGGGGUAUAGCGGGGAAUAUGAUAAAAUGCAUUUAAAUAUCGAAGAGUAUUGUAAUCAAUAUCUAACGCGGAGUAAAACACGCACGGAACGUGACGUUAUUUGCAUCAUAUUCCUAGCUACUACCUAAAUGGAAACGACUACUGACCUAGUAAACAUAAAGAAAUUGAACUCUCAUUUUAAAUAGGGUACACAGCGCCGCCUCUGGCAGUAACAAAUCUGUUAGAUCAUUUUCCACCUUUUAAAUUUAACAGGGAUGUUAGAUAUACUAUUUCUUUUAUGUGAGACUAUUUAUUUUAUUGUAACUUUUAUUCUCUAAUUAUCACCAAGUAAUUUGAUAUCGUCAUUCGUUGUUUGCAGCGAAUAGCAAUAAAAUUGAAAUGUUGUAUCUGAUUGGUGGCGCGGCGGCUAAAGAUAUUGAUGCGCAAACGAAAAAAUAUAUAAGGCUAAAACGAGUGACUUAAAUAACGUUAAAAACAAUGCGAAAUCGCGUAUAAAAAAAGUAUGGAUAGUAUUUUGUAAAAUUCUCAUUUAUGUUUGUUUAUCCAGUCUCUCAUUUUUUGUUUAGCGUUUGCCGACACAGGGGAGUUUUUAUUUUUGAUUGUGAACUUUUGUACCGAUAUGUUUGUAUCAUUUUAAGCGUUUGGAAUCAAUAUUCAGUUGAGCAUCUGCUAAAAACGAAAAACCAGCAUAAACACAAAAAAAUAAUGUCACGUUUAUUCAUUGUAACGCACCUUCAUAAUAUCACUAACCGAUAUCGUUGAUUACGAACGAUUCCUGGAAAUUAAUCACCGAGUAACCAAGAAAUGACUAUCAUUAAGGCUGAAAAAAAAAACUACUAAUUUUAUUUCUUAGCUAGUUAAUUACAUUAUUAAUUAACUGAACUAAACUAAUAUUGUAUCAAGUUGGUUUCUUUCCUACCAGUACGACUAAUCCUAGUAAAUUUUACCAGAUGAUAACAGCAAGUGUAUGAGAUUGUAAUGAGUCUGUGCCUAUUUGUAUUUUGUGUUUUUACGGCAUUUCGUUAUCGUCUCAUAAAAACUAUAAAAACCAAGAUGUCUGCAAGUCAUUGAUCGAAUGUGUUACAAACGAAAUCGACUAGUGUCUGUAUUCUUAUGUACCAGCGUGAUAGAACUACUUUUGCAUAAAUAAUUAUACAAUUGCAGGAAACAUAAUGAUAAAACCCAAUAAACAAAACAACAAAUGCAUGCGAUUGCAAAAUAUUGUAAUAAAUUGCGAAACAAACCGAUAUUGUAGCAGUUAGGACACUUUUUCGGUCCGUUGUUUCAUUAUUUCUUUUCAAAUUUUUGUAUGAGUAACAAUUAAACAAGAAUUAUUACAAC